UUUCGUUGUUUGGUUUUGUGUGUUGUGCGUGUGUGUGGCGGUUUUUCCCCCGUGGUGCAUUUUUUUUUUUUUUUUUUAAUUGUUGUGCUCCCCCCCCCCCCUUUUUUUUUCUUUUCUUUUUCUUAACCCCGUGAACGUUUUUUUGGUCGGGGCUUCCGAAUAUGUUUUAUGACGGUUGAUUUUACACCAGGAGGUUUGUCUCCGAGGAAGACCCAGGGAACUGGAUAUCUAGCGAGAACUUCCUACGGAUUCCCCGGCGCCUCGGGAAAAUGGGAGCUGCUGCAAAGUUGGCGUUUGCCGUCUUUCUUAUCUCUUGUUCUUCAGGUGCUAUACUUGGUAGAUCAGAAACUCAGGAGUGUAUUUUCUAUAAUGCUAAUUGGGAAAGAGAUAAAACCAAUCGAACUGGUGUUGAACCCUGUUACGGUGACAAAGAUAAAAGGCGACAUUGUUUUGCUACCUGGAAGAAUAUUUCUGGUUCCAUUGAAAUAGUGAAGCAAGGUUGUUGGCUGGAUGAUAUCAACUGUUAUGACAGGACUGAUUGUAUAGAAAAAAAAGACAGCCCUGAAGUGUAUUUUUGUUGCUGUGAGGGCAAUAUGUGUAACGAAAGGUUUUCUUAUUUUCCGGAGAUGGAAGUCACACAGCCGACUUCAAACCCAGUUACACCUAAGCCACCCUAUUACAACAUAUUGCUGUAUUCCUUGGUGCCACUUAUGUUAAUUGCGGGGAUUGUUAUUUGUGCAUUUUGGGUGUAUAGACAUCAUAAGAUGGCCUAUCCUCCUGUACUUGUUCCAACUCAACACGCCUUUCAUAUAAUGAUAGAGGACCCAGGACCACCCCCACCUUCUCCAUUACUAGGUUUGAAGCCACUGCAGUUACUAGAAGUGAAAGCAAGGGGAAGAUUUGGUUGUGUGUGGAAAGCCCAGCUGCUCAAUGAGUACGUGGCUGUGAAAAUAUUUCCAAUACAGGACAAACAAUCAUGGCAAAAUGAAUAUGAAGUUUAUAGUUUACCUGGAAUGAAGCAUGAGAACAUAUUGCAGUUCAUUGGUGCAGAAAAACGAGGCACCAGUGUUGAUGUGGAUCUUUGGCUAAUCACAGCAUUUCAUGAAAAGGGUUCACUGUCAGACUUUCUUAAGGCUAAUGUGGUCUCUUGGAAUGAAUUGUGUCAUAUUGCAGAAACCAUGGCUAGAGGACUGGCAUAUUUGCAUGAGGACAUACCUGGCCUAAAAGAUGGCCACAAACCCGCCAUAUCUCACAGGGACAUCAAAAGUAAAAAUGUGCUGUUGAAAAACAAUCUGACAGCUUGCAUUGCUGACUUUGGGUUGGCGUUAAAAUUUGAAGCUGGCAAGUCUGCAGGUGAUACCCAUGGACAGGUUGGUACCCGGAGGUAUAUGGCUCCAGAGGUAUUAGAGGGUGCUAUAAACUUCCAAAGGGAUGCAUUUUUGAGGAUAGAUAUGUACGCCAUGGGAUUAGUCCUAUGGGAACUGGCUUCUCGCUGUACUGCUGCAGAUGGACCUGUAGAUGAAUACAUGUUGCCAUUCGAGGAGGAAAUUGGCCAGCAUCCAUCUCUUGAAGACAUGCAGGAAGUUGUUGUGCAUAAAAAAAAGAGGCCUGUUUUAAGAGAUUAUUGGCAGAAACAUGCUGGAAUGGCAAUGCUCUGUGAAACAAUAGAAGAAUGUUGGGAUCACGAUGCAGAAGCCAGGUUAUCAGCUGGAUGUGUAGGUGAAAGAAUCACUCAGAUGCAAAGACUAACAAAUAUCAUUACCACAGAGGACAUUGUAACAGUGGUCACAAUGGUGACAAACGUUGACUUUCCUCCCAAAGAAUCUAGUCUAUGAUGGUUGCACCAUGUGUACACAGUGUGAAACAGGACUCUGAGCUGGAGCUGCUAAGCUAACGAAACUGCUUACAGUUAAUUUUCUGUGAGAAAUGAGUAGGAGGUCUCUUGGACAUGUCAAAAAGAAGACCCUCACGUUUAAAAAUGUGGCUCUGGGAGACUUACGGCAUUGCCUGCAGAAGAGAUGUGAAGGACAAGAGACUUGGAAAAGCUGCAGACUCUAUAAAGAAACUUUUGAAAAAGUGUACAUGAAGAACGUAGCCCUCUCCAAAUCAAGGAUAUUUUGGACCUGGCUAAUCAAGUGUUUGAAAACUGACAUCAGAUUUCUUAAUGUCUGUCAGAAGACACUAAUUCCUUAAAUGAACUACUGCUAUUUUUUUUUAAAUCAAAAACUUUUCAUUUCAGAUUUUAAAAAGGGUAACUUGUUUUUAUUGCAUUUGCUGUUGUGUUUCUAUAAAUGACUAUUGUAAUGCCAAUAUGACACAGCUUGUGAAUGUUUAGUGUGCUGCUGUUCUGUGUACAUAAACAAAGUCAUCAAAGUGGGGUACAGUAAAGAGGCUUCCAAGCAUUACUUUAACCUCCCUCAACAAGGUAUACCUCAGUUCCACGGUUGCUAAAUUAUAAAAUUGAAAACACUAACAAAAUUUGAAUAAUAAAUUGAUCCAUGUUUUGUAACAA